UUUCAAUAAGUUAUUAUUUUUCAGAUCAAAUGACCGAGUUACUUUUUGUUCCCUUAAAAAGGGGUUCCGAUGUAGAUAUUAUUAAACCUCUGAAGAAUCUAAUAGCUAGUACAUACAGUACAGCAGAUAAACCAGAGGACUAUACCGAUGCUUUAUCAGAAUUGAACAAACUCAGAUAUCUAGCAGUCAGGAAUUUGGACCGGACAGAGAGUUCUGUUGAGAAUAUUGGAAAAUAUUAUGAUCAGCUUGCAGCUUUAGAACAGAAGAUUCCUGUACAGGAACUUCAAAUUCCCUUCAAAUGGAAAGAUGCCUUUGAUAAAGGAUCGAUAUUUGGAGGACGGAUCAGCCUCACAAUACCAAGCCUCGCGUAUGAGAAGGUUUGCAUUCUUUACAACUACGGAGCACUUUGUACAGAGAUUGCCGAGAGCCAGAAUCUUGAUACUGAAGAAGGAUUACAGAAGGCGAACAAGAAGUUGCAGGUUGCAGCUGGUGUGUUUUCAGCAUUGAAAGAUAAGGUGGUUGGUGCAAUAGAGCAGGUAUAUUGAUAAGGAGCACAUACAAAACGUAUCGUCACAAAACUUAUCAC